AUGAGUAUUUUUGAAUCUCAAAAUGCUAUUGAAGAGAUGAGAAACAAUAUAGGGCGAUAAGAAAAUUUAUCUAAUAUUUAUAAAGAAGUAGGAAGUCCUUCAGAGCAUUCUUUAUAGAGGUUUAUUAUAAUGAGAUAAUUGUAGUUAUUUUUCACCAAGCAAUAGUUUUAUGAUGGGAAGUAAAAGUAAAGUUCUAAUAAAUAAAUCUAUAGAGCUUGCUACAACCUAACCAUUAGGGUAUUUAUAAUUUAAUUUAAGUCUAACUCAUGUGUGGAAGAGUAAUGGUUUGAUAAUAAUUACAAUGAUAAUAAGAUUUCUAUACACAUUGAAAUUGUAAACAGAAUCGAUGAAAUACAAGCUAUUAAACAAAAGAAUAUUUACAAUAAUUUAAGAUGUUUCAUCAGAUUAUUUAAAUAUUGUACGUUAUCGAAAUAAUAAAUAUCAUAUGAAAGGAAGGUCGGAAUUGUAAGUACAAUAUUCGUAGUUUAAGAAAUAAAUUAAAUCAAUUUUUGAGUAUUAUGGGGGGUUCAUUUCAGUAUUUUAACCAGAUCAAAGAUUCAUAAUUUAUUAUGAGUUCUGCUUCAUUAUAUCCAUCUUAUUAAACUUAUUUUAUGUGCCUAUUAAUGUCAGUUUUUUAAAUCAUGAAAUCUCAAUACUUUUUGACGCAUUUCCAACAGGGUUAUAAAUAAUAUGGAUUGUAGUUCAGUUCAAUCUUUCAUUUUAUGAAGAUCAGAUUAUGAAAAAGAAUAGAAUUGAUAUAGCAAGCAAUUAUGUGAGGAGUUAUUUUUUAUUAGAUUUAUUAAUAGUUUUGAUGACAUACAUGUAAAUACUUUAUGGUUAUUUUAUUCCACUUAUAUAAGUAAUUUUAAGAAUCCCUCUAUUGAUUAGAGUAUUAGAUUAAUUUGAAUAUAAUACAAAUUUUAAAGAAAAUCUUGCAGCUGUAUUUGAUUUAAUAAAAUUAAUUGUAAUGUUAAUAUUUAUAAUUCAUUGUUGUGCUUGUAGUUGGCAUUAUUUAGGUGUUUAUGAAAUGUAGAAUUAUGUGUCAGGAAAGAAUUGGUUAGAAUAUUAUGAUAUAAGUCAUUUAAAUUGGAUAGAGCAGUAAGACUAUCAUAAUUAAAUAAAGAUACAUAGCAUCCUUGUACUUCAGUGUAAUAACUACAUUAACAGUAGGAUAUGGUGAUCUUACUCCAUAAUCAGCUUAUGAACAAUUAUUUGUAAUACUGGUUGCAAUGAGUUUAUGCGGUAUGUUAGGUUAUACUAUUUCUAAUAUUGGUGAAAUAUAUAGAUCUAUGAAUGAAAAGAAAUAGUAAUAUAAGACAUAAAUGAAAGCUAUUGAAUAAAUUAUCAGAUAACGGAAUUUAAAUGAUUAAUUGUCUAUCAAAGUUAGAAAAUAUUAUCAGCAUUUAUUUUAAUAAGAAUAAUAGGAGAAUACAUUAGGAGAAUAAUUAUUAACUAAAUUGACUAAAAACUUAGAAGAAGAAGUGAUGAUUGAUUCUUAUAAAAACAUUCUAAUGAAUUCUUAUCUGUUAAGAUAAUUUAAAAAUUCAACAGUUGAAUAAUUAUGUACUAAAGUUAAAGUUUUAAAAUUGUAACCAGGAGAUGAAGUUGUAAAAGCAUAACAAUUUGCUGAUCAUUUAAUAUUUUUAUUGAGUGGAGAUCUUACUUUAUUAGGACAUAAUUAAAGAUAGCCUAUAGUAUUAAAAUAAUUAACUGGAGGAACUGUUAUUGGAGAGUAGGAAUUUACUGAAUAAGGAUAUUAUGAUUACAUUAUUAUUAGUUAAGGAUAUAGUAAGAUAGCUACUAUAUCUAGAGAUGAAUUUUAUGAAAUAUUAUAGUAUGAUAGAUAAGAGUUUGAAAAGAUGUGUAAAAUUAGAGAUUAAUAUAAAUUUAGUAUAAGGAAAAAAAAUGUUAUAGGAAGAACUUGCGAAAUCUGUGGAUGGACUCACGGGUACUUGCAAUGUCCUAUGACAUUUUAUUAAGUAGACAAAAUGAAAUUGUUGACUUAUCAUCGAUAAAAUUAAGAUUAAAAAAGAAUUUUUUAUAAAGACUUUAGAAGAAAUAGGAAAUUUAAGACUUUGACUGAAUUAUUAUCAAUAUAAAAUGCUUGUUUAGAUUUUAUGAUCAGUUAAAAAUUAGUUGAUGAAAUGUAUCUAUAUAUAUUUAUAUAUUUAGACCAAAUCAUGAUUAAAAUGAAGAAAAUACUUAAAGAUUAAAACUUAAUAUAUAAGAUUUAGAAUCAUCCAAUUUAAGUUCAAGUAGAUCAAUCUAAGAGGAUAUCAAAGGAAAUAUCAAUUCUAUUUUGAAAUCUCCUACUAAUAGUUCUAGAUUUUAACUCGUUUGUAAAUAGAUUGAUUAAUAACGGGAUUAAUUAUAAAAGUAAUCUUUUGCAAGAAAAAAUAUCAAAAAAUAGUCUUUAAUUGUAGAUCAUAAUUUUAGGAGGAAGGAAAAGGAAGAUGAUAUCAAGGAAUAUAUUGAUACAAUUUUAGAAAAAAUGAAUAUACAUUAAAAAGAAAAAGAGAAAUCAUUAGUUACUACUCAUUCUAAAGUUAUAACCUAUAAUCCAGAUUUAGAAUUUGAAGUUAUGUAAUCUUAUAAAUAUUACUUUCCUUAAUUUAAUAUAGAUAAUAUACUUGAACGUGUUAAUUAAUCAUAUGAAAAAUUUAUACAAAAAAGUAAGAAAAAUCCCAUUCGUAUUUUUGUUAAUCGUAGAAAAUUAAAAAGAAAAAUCAUGGUUUAGGAUUGA